UGUCAAUCUGUUUUUUCCUCUGUUCUCAACAAUAUCUACUAUUUUCAUAAUAGAUUCUAUCCGUAGCGACGCGCAUGGCGUUGCUAUAGCCAAAACUAUAGAGAGACAAACAGGGAGGAACCACGAGAAGCGAUAUCCAUGGCAAAUGCACACGCAUUAGAGGAAGAGGAAGAAGAAGGAGAGGGACACGAAGCGGUGGAGGAAAUCCAACGCGUCAUUGAAUCGGUUGCGCAAUUCGGACAGUAUAGAAAGACACAGAGAAAAGAAUGUCACAACUUGGUGCGGCGGUUCAAACUCAUGCUGCCUAUCGUGGAAGAGCUCCGAGAUAUUCCGGAGCCCUUCCACGAAAACGGCAUCGUUUGGUUGAAGAAACUUAGGGAUGCACUCUUGUUUGCCAAGGAACUCUUGAGGUUAUGUAGCCAAGGAAGCAAAAUUCUCCUUGCAAUGGAGACGGAGGCAUAUAUGAUAAAAUUUCAAGGUGUUUAUGAGAAAUUGAGUCAAGCAUUUGAAGAUGUGCCUUGUGAGGAAUUAGGAAUCUCAGAUGAAGUCAGAGAACAGAUUGAGCUAAUGCACACUCAGCUCAAGCGGGCGAGGAGGAGGACGGAUACACAGGACAUGGAGCUUGCAAUGGAUAUGAUGGUGGUGUUAUCCGGCGAUGAGCAACGGAGCGCCGACAGUGCCAUCAUUGAGAGGCUAGCAAAGAAAUUAGAGCUUCAAAGGGUUGAGGAUCUUAAGAUAGAAACCUUGGCGAUCAAGCAACUGGCUGAUGAAAGAAAAGGGCAACAAGUAGAUAGCACCAAGAAAAUAAUUGGCCUCCUUAACAAGUUGAAGAGAAUUGCUGGCAUGGAAGAAACAAGUGUUCUUGAUGAUCCUGUCCUGCCUAGGGUGCUUGUGAAGAGCAUAUCUUUGGUUAUUCCUCAUGAGUUUCUUUGUCCUAUAACCCUUGAAAUCAUGACAGAUCCUGUUAUUAUUGCAAGUGGACAGACAUAUGAAAGGGAAAGCAUAGUGAAAUGGUUUGAAUCCAAACAUAAUACCUGUCCAAAGACAAGGCAAACCCUUGAUCACUUGCAACUAGCACCAAAUUGUGCCUUAAAGAGCAUAAUUGAAGAAUGGUGUGAGAAAAACCACUUCAAACUACCAAAGAAGUUCAAAUUCAUUCGAAUGCUGUCGAAAGAAAGCCCCGAGAAUCGGAUCUUGAUUGCUGAGCAUGGAGGAAUACCACCAUUGAUACAAAUCUUAUCUUAUCCGGAUUCAAAGAUUCAAGAACAUGCUGUGACAGCAUUGUUGAAUCUUUCAAUUGAUGAGAAGAACAAGAGGCUAAUAUCAAAAGAAGGUGCUAUUCCAGCAAUCAUAGAGGUUUUGGAGAAUGGUAGCAUUGUUGCUAAGGAAAAUUCAGCAGCAUGUUUGUUUAGUCUCUCAAUGCUUGAUGAGAACAAAGAACUUGUGGGAUUGUCAAAUGGGAUUCCACCAUUGGUGAAACUUUUGAGGAAUGGAACAGUUAGAGGGAAAAAAGAUGCUAUUACAGCACUUUUUAAUUUGUCCCUUAACCAUGCAAAUAAAAGCAGGGCGAUUAGUGCUGGUAUUGUCGCACCUUUGCUUCAGUUGCUUAAGGACACAAAAACAAACAUGAUUGACGAGGCUCUAUCCAUUCUGUUACUGCUCUCCUCGAUUUCCGAGGGGAGACAGGAGAUUGGACAGCUGUCAUUUAUCGAGACACUUGUUGAGUUCAUUAAGGAUGGGACCCCCAAGAACAAGGAGUGUGCUGCUUCUGUGCUCCUGGAGUUGUGUACAAAUAACUACUCUUAUAUACUUGCAGCACUUCAGUAUGGAGUUUAUGAGCAUUUGAUUCAGAUCAAAGGGAGUGGAACAAAUAGAGCACAGAGGAAAGCAAAUGCUCUCUUAGAUCUUAUAAGUAGGAGUGAGCAAAUUUAGUUUCAUCUUUGCUUUCUCCAUUAUUGUAGGUUUUUUUCCCCUUUAAUCAUUGUAAAAUUGUAAAUUAACCAACUAUUGCCACCUACUUU